AUGAAAGAAGAAUUACAAAGGAAUCAAUCUGCAAGUACUUGUGAGAACAACAAUAGAUAUAAGAAAGUUCCACAUAAAAAUGCAAGGAGAGUCAAAAUAAAGGAGUCGAAAGAACUUUAAGAAGAUUUAUCGAAAUAUAUUCGCAAAAUAAUGAAUUUCUCUUUAUCUGAAUAGUUUGGUAAGGUGUCAGAAUCAGAGAAUCAUGAGAUGUAUUAAGAUGAUUGUUUCUUGAAUCCAAAAAGACCUGAAAUGAUACCUAACUUAUCACGAAUGAAAUAACAUUUUCUAAAAUAAUACCAAGAUCAGUUUAUUUCUGAAGGUAUUUAAGAAAUCCACAAUCACAAGCAUGCAGUCUCUAAUAUUUUAUAUAGUGGUUUAUCAGCAUCAGCAUUGGCAUCAGCUAAAUGGCAUUCUGUUUAAGCAAUGAGGAGGAUGAGAGCAGAACGGCCUUAAUGUCCUGAAUUCAAGGAGUAUCCUCUUGAUAAAGAAGCAAUAUAAGAAAUUGAAUAAACAAAAAAUAAAGUAAACUACAAAAGAAGAGUUAAUUCAGAGCAUGAAAAAGUGAAUGAAAAAUUAAUGUUAGAUAGAUCACACUCAUUAAAUAAAUAUAUCGAAAACCUAAAAUAGUCUAAUCAAAUUUAUACUAAUGUUUAUGGGUUGUAAAAGGGAGAAUAUGAUUUAAUUUUAGAAUUUGCAAAAAAAUAAAACAUCAGUGUUUCUUAAGCUGAAAAUGAUUUUCAAUUUAUCAAGUCUAAGAAAAGAACUGCCAAAAGCAUAACAUACCAUGAAAAUAGAUCGUAGAAAAGAAUUCAAAGAAGGAAAUAUGUAGAUGACGAUGAUGUAUAUGGAGUGAGACCAAAUAGAAUAUCGCCAUCUGGAGUUCAACUGAAAAACAAAUUGAUAAUAUGA